GGGAAUGUUUAUACGUGAUAGAGGAAUAAUUUAUUUGUCUGAUGAAAAUGGACGGAAAUACAUAAGGGCCUUCUGCAGUCCAGUGAUUAAUAAUCAAAAUAACGGUCCGUGUUUCAAUGAGCGUGUCCUCUGAAUCGUCGACCUACUGAAACACAUAUAUAGUCCUCGCUUUAUGGGGAUGAUCGAAGAUGGAAGACAAAAAGCCUUCUCGUGUAGCAGACUACUUUGUGGUGGCAGGACUCACCGACUCGUCUAAGCCCCUCGAGGAAGAUGUCCACCCUGAGGAUGGAGGUCAUAGGACUUCAGCCCAGCUAAAGGCGCCCAUCACUGAUGUGGCUGUGGUGAUUCGCUCUAGGGAGGAAGUACCUCGAGGAUAUAUCUGUGUUGAAUGCACCCCUGGACUUCCUGCCGAACUGAAUGGAGGAAGCCUCAUGGGGCCGCAGAUCUUCCUCUGCUAUAGGAGAGGCAGAGACAAACCGCCGCUCACAGACUUGGGCGUGCUCUUUGAGUGGAAGGAGAAACUGAAACUGCCGGACUGUCAAAUUAUACAGACCACACCUGGCCGCCCUGCUAAUAUCAGUAGCUCCUCCUCCCAAAGGAUCUACAUAACAUAUCGGCGUGCUUCUGAGAAUCAUCACGCCACGCUGGCUGUCACAGACAUCUGUGUCAUUGUUCCCGGCAAGGGAGAGACACCACCGCAUGCUUUCUGCAAGGUGGACAAGAAUCUCAACAGCAGUAUGUGGGGGUCCUCUGUGUACUUGUGCUACAAAAAUCUUUUGGCCAAAAGCAACACACUUGCAUUCAAAGCAGGUCUUUUGUCCAGAUAUCCAGAGGAGGAUUAUGAUUCCUUUCCUUUGCCUGAAUCCGUUCCCCUGUUUUGCCUGCCGAUGGGAGCGUCGAUUGAGUGCUGGCCCUCUCAUACUAAAUAUUCUCUUCCUGUCUUUUCGACAUUCGUUCUCACAGGCGCCUCUGGAGAGAAGGUUUACGGUGCCGCCAUCCAGUUCUAUGAGCCCUACCCAGAAGAACAUUUGACUGACAAGCAGUGUUCUCAGCUGGGCCUGCAGGCUAACGGGCUCAGGCCUGAUGGAUCCAUGACUGUUCACACCAACAAAAGCAUCUGCCUUCUCUCACUGGCCCUUUUUGAUGCUUUCCAGAACUUUCUGACCUUUCUUUACCGAUACUCCAUCUCAGGUCCACACACUCUGCCCAUUGAAAAGCAUAUUUCUCAUUUCAUGCACAAGGUUCUUCCUUCCCCACAAAGGCCACGUAUCCUGGUGCAGCUGUCUCCACAUGAUAGCCUGAUGCUGAGCCAGCCUGUUUCCUCUCCGCUCCCUCUGAGUGGCGGACGGCUCUCUACACUGCUGUUGAACCUCGGCCAAAAUGCAGCGACUCUUCUGGUGUUGGCUGUGACUGAACAUAAGAUCCUAGUUCACUCUUUUUACGCCCAGCUGUUCUUACCAGCGUUACACGAGGCCCUGGUGUCGAUGAUUUUUCCCUUCCACUGGCCGUGCCCAUACAUUCCUCUCUGCCCACUGGCCCUGGCAGAUGUGCUCAGCGCUCCAUGCCCUUUUAUUGUAGGGGUGGAUUCACGGUACUUUGAUCUCUAUGAGCCACCAACGGACAUAAGCUGUGUGGACCUGGACACCAACACUAUAACUCACAAAGAAGAGCGCAGAUCCCUGACCUGGAAGAUCCUGCCAAGAAAAGCCUGUAAACAUCUGAUCAACACUCUCAGCAAUCUCUACCAGCAACUGGAUGCGGGUUAUCAUAUGAGUCGUGAGGAAGGACAGAUGGAGGCCUUCAUGAGCGAACGGGAACCUGGCAGUGGUGGGAAAAGUCUGGAAACCUUGGAGCUUGAGAUCCAGGAGGCUUUCUUGCGCUUCAUGGCAGCCAUCUUGAAAGGCUACCGUUCAUACCUGUUGCCCAUCACACAGGCUCCAUCUGAAAAAGCAACUGACGCCAGUUCACUAUUUGAUCUGCAAGGCUUUUUGAAGAGUCGUGAUCGAUCCCAUCAAAAGUUUUUCCUCAUGACCAAGACUCAGAUGUUCAUUCGUUUCAUCGAGGAGUGCUCUUUUGUCAGCGAUAAGGAUGCAAGCCUUGCUUUCUUUGAUGACUGUGUUGACAAGGUGGACAGCGAUAAGCCAGAAGACACGAGGCUUAUUGAGCUUGACAAAUCCCACCGCAGCGAGCACACGGUCUACAUCACCCCUCCAGAGCUGCCAGCACUUCCAGAAGGAGAAGAGCCACCUAUUGUUUAUAGCUACAGUGGGUUUCCGGUACUGAACCCCCAACUCUGUGAGCUUCAGGAUGGUCCCAGAGUCCCCAAAGCAACAUCAGCCGUGAGACACAUCAGUCCCAUCAGCCCAGCUGCCAUUUUCAGGCGCUCCCAACAGGAGAUCAAAUCAGCCCAGAGGAUGGCUAAGACAUACUCCUCCAUCCCACAGAUGUGGUCCAAGUGUCUCCUCAGGCAUUGUCACGGCCUGUGGUUCAUCUGCCUGCCCGCUUAUGUCAGCGCCUGCCACUCCAAGGUGCGGGCGCUGCACACUGCUUACGACGUGCUGAGAAACAUGCAGGACAAAAAGUUGCAGCCCCCUGAUGAGGUGUGUUAUCGGGUCCUGAUGCAGCUGUGUGGGCAGUAUGGACAGCCUGUUCUUGCUGUCCGGGUUCUUUUUGAAAUGAAGAAAGCCGGAGUGCAGCCUAAUGCCAUUACCUAUGGAUACUACAACAGGGCUGUUCUGGAGAGCACAUGGCCUUCCUCCACCAGAGGGGGAUACUUCCUGUGGGGAAAGCUGAGAAAUGUGGUUCGGGGUGUGGUGCUGUUCAAACAAGUAUGGAGGAGGCAGACCACCCACCCAAAAGACACCCAUCUCUCUGAUGCCAGUGAUCUCGACAGCGUCAGCCAUGGCAGUCUGGACAGCUCUAACGAUUCGGCAGAGCGAGUUUCCAUUGAUACAGACUUCACUAAAAUGGAUUCCAGUGAUGACAGAUCCAGCACAGGUGGUCAGUCUGAUCAGGGCUAUGAUUCUCUGUCUAAAGAGGAGGUGAGGUUAGGAGGAGGUGAGGAGCAGACCUCUCCAGACUUGAAGGAGAAGGACAGAAACUCUUGCCCAUUGUCCCAGACUGUACUCUCGAAGAAAGAGGAUUCAUCUCCUAUGGUUGGAAUCCAUCCAUCUGCAACCAAUGUGGAAACCAGGGAUGUCUUUUCUGAAGCCCUUCCAAAGACCAAAAGGCCAAACUCACUGGAUAUUUUCGGAGGAAAGGCUGUAAGGCCAAACACUCUUGAUCUAACUCCAGACAAAACAGUACGAGAACUCAGCAAUGAAUCUGUUCCAGCACUGAUCGAACGAAGCGGGGGCGUUGUGAGCCCACCUAAAGUUGCUGUGGAGAGGACUGCUAGCUGCACAGUUGCCAUGGAGAGGAGCAUAUCGGGCGUGGAGAGGAGUGUGAGCUGCAGCAGUGCUCUUGGUCGAGUGGUUAAGAGGACAGGUAUAGAAGCAGGGUUUGAUCCUCUGUCCCUUAUGAUGGCCGAGACUCAACCCCACUGUGAGGGUGAUAAUGCAGACACCCCAACCGCCCGCCGAGACCUGGCUGAAGAGAUUCAUCUCUACAUGAACAACCUGAGCAGCCCGUUAAGCCAGCGUCUCAGUGUUGACCUGAAGGGCCAUCAGACCCCGUCCCCUCACAGCUCUCCCCGCAUGCCAGCAGCUCUCAGCUCCCGCACCUCCCAACUCCAACCUCAGCCACGCACUCGUCUCUUCUCCUCGCCCUCCCUCCCCCAGGGCCGCGUGCGCAGGGUCAGGGAGCAGCGACCCACCUCCCUGGCCUCCCCUUCCUCACCUACUCCCUCCUCUUCCUCUUUCUCUAUGGACUCUUUGCUCACCCCAACCCUGGACGUGUUCAAAAGCAGCUUCCUCUCUGCUGGGAAGGGCGUCGCUGAGAAAGCCAGCCGACUAUAUUCACGACUUUCCUCCCAGACGUCUAUUGCACAGGACUUGAACUCUGACCGGGUCAGUGUGUCUUCUCUGGGGUCAGGUGACCCCGAUUGCUCCUCUCUGAUUGAGAGCGAUUCCUGUGUGGACCCCGAUGGGCUCUCUUCCCCACAGCGUGACGUCACUCAGCAGGUCACACGUCCCAAAAGGAGCCCUUACAGGAGCAACCACUGCCUGGAAAGCCCAUCUGCACCAUCUCGACUCUACCGCCAGUCUUCACUCACUGGUCCGCCGCUGACAGUAAUGAAAGCUCUGCAGACCCCAGACGCGUGUUCUGAUUCCAGCCUUUCACAGUCUAUGCAGAACUACGCUGUUGAAGUUCGUAUGUCCAGUUGUUCGCGCUGUAACACCUGUGAGAGUUUGGUGUAUGAUGAAGAGAUCAUGGCUGGUUGGACAGCAGAUGAUUCUAACUUAAAUAGCACUUGUCUUUGUGGCUCUCCAUUUCUGCCUCUGCUCAAUGUGGACAUCAGAAACCUGGGUGACCAGGAAAGGAUCCCCUCUCAAGAUGCACAUACUUGCCAGACAGACACUGCAGAUGAACUACCACAAGUAUAUAAUGCUGCUAGCAAUCUAUCCAGCAAUGGCAAAAAAGACCCUGAGCCAGUUACCGUGCCCUACCUGAGUCCUUUGGUGCUGUGGAAGGAACUGGAAAGCUUGCUGGAGAACGAGGGGGAUCAGGCCAUCUCAUCUGCAGCCAUUGUGGAUCACCACCCUAUUGUGUUCUGGAACCUGGUGUGGUUUUUCCGUAGGCUGGACCUGGCCAGCAGCUUGCCAGGCCUCUAUUUGAGCUCCAAACACUACUGCAGAGAUUCUCAGCCUCUGCAAAGUUGUGCUUCUGAAGACAGUAAGAAUGUCUUGGUCCAGAUCCUGUGGGACAAUCCCAGACUGCAUCAGGACCCUAUCAAACCUUGCUACUUGCUUUGGAAAUCAUAUUGUGCAAAUCCUGCAGUAUCUGAGGAGGAGGAGCAGGCUGUGAGUCUAGAGCUGCUGCAGAGUGUCGUGAAGAGCAUCCAGAGGAACGAUGUCUACCAGCCCAUGAGUCAGAUACUGCAGCUACUGGGAACCCGACUAGGCUUCGUCAGACAACGAAGCUUAUAUAGAGACAUCCUGUUCCUGUCUUUGGUGGCUUUGGGCAAGAGUAGCAUAAAUAUUGAUGCAUUUGAUCGUGAAUACAAAAUGGCAUAUGACCGUUUAACGCCCAGCCAGGUCAAGAUGACCCACAAUUGUGACCGUCCACCCAGCGCCGGAGUCAUGGAGUGCAGGAGAACCUUUGGGCUGCCCAGUCUCUGAUUCGCCUCCUCUCACUGAUCCCUCUCUCCUUGUAUCCAUCACACAGGAAGGCAUCCAAAGAAGGAACACUUUCAUUCAUGUGAUCCUGAACAUUCAUCGUAACCAAAGCUACCUCUGGCUCCCAUGAGGUCUCUUUCGACACAAGUCCUGUGUAUUUAUGUGACUGUUCUUCUUCAUACACUUCCUGUGAAUAUGUCACUUUAUAUAGUCUGUAGUCGUGU